UUAAAGGUUGUAACAGGCUUAGAGAGACGUGCUCAGCCAGAGCUUGUUCAGCCAGGUGAUUGCGAGUGGGUUACCGUUAUCCAGAGCAUCUGCGCCGCUGGGUAUGCAACCCCGCCUUUUAUCAUCUACAAAGGACGCGUCCACAUCUCUGCCUAUAUACCCUAUAAGAACGUGUGGAAUUUUGAUGAGACUGGCGUUGCACUUAGUUUAAGGCGUAUUUUUAUACCAAAUACUUCACCAUCAGGCAGUGGCCACCGGCUGCUUAUUCUUGAUGGCUAUGGCUCCCACACACCUAUUGACUUUAUGUGGGAGUGCAAGGAGAAUAAGAUACACCUUCUCUACCUCCCUGCGCACACGUCGCACCUUCUUCAGCCUCUAGAUCUUGCUCCAUUCUCCGUGGUAAAGUCAAGCUAUCGGGAUGCGAUCAGAGCGCUCUCCGCGCUAGAUGACGCAGCACCUGUCAAGAAAGAGCGCUUUGUAACCUCAUAUAACUUAGCACGAGAGGAAGGGCUCUCGGGGGGAGUAAUAAGAGCUGGCUGGAAGGCUGCUGGCCUUGUUCUGUUCAACAAAAAGCUAGUACUCAACUCAUCUCAGAUCACUGGGCGCCCAAGUACACCACCACCAGCAGAUCAAGGCAGAGCUCUUCUUAAGGCAGUACUUGCUACACCAAAGAGCUCUCAGCAGCUAAAGCGCGCGCAGCAGGCGCUGCUAGGAUCAGAGAACCUCUCGCGAAGCACCCGGGAGGUUCUCACCAAAGCAGCUAAGGCAAUUGCUAUCACCAACGCUAGAGCUGCUGGGCUAGAGGCUGAGAAUUAA